AUGCUCUACCUGGCUCUUAUCAUCACACACUUCUUUAUCACAAAUGCCGUGGAAAUCAUCCCCAGAGAGAUUCUCUUCCAAGAUCCGAAAUACUCAUCAGUCUCCUUAAGUCCAGACGGCAAACAAGUCGGAUACGUGGCUCCAGAUGAGAAUGGGGUUCGAAAUGUGUUCACCAGAUGCUCAUCGUGCUCCUACUCAAGACAAGUCACUUUUGAGACCGAGCUUCCCGUUUUGAAUUACGUAUGGACCGCCGUUCCAGACGUGAUUCUCUUCCUCCAGGAUAACCAUGGAGAUGAGAACACCAAGAUUUUCAAGAAGAACAUCACAUCGGCCGCCAUCGCUGCCAACAAAACCGCCCGCACUACAGUUUGCGAUAAGCCAAUGGUGAAAGGAGCGAUUUUCGUGAAUAACUUGAUUUCGGAGACAGUGUUGAUCGGCAUGAAUGACGAGAAUCCGGCACUUCACAAUAUCUACGCUUUCGAUUGUCGAACUGACAAACUUACCCUGGUUCUCAGAAAUCGACGAUUCCCAAUGUUCUUCUUCGAUAAUGACAUGAAUAUUCGAUUGGCUAGUGAGGAAGGUCCGGAUGGAGAAAUGAUCUAUUAUCGGCCGAGGAAUCCUGGACCAGUCAAGUCAACAGAUCCUUCGGAGUGGGCCGAGUACUUGAGAAUUGAUCAUGAUGAUAAGGCACUCACAGUACUUCUGACUUUCGACAAGUCCAACAACUUCGUGUACUGUAUCAUGGGAGAGGGUAGCGACCUUGGAAACCUGGUUGUCUUCCCAUUCGAAGACCCAGCACAGAAAGAAAUCCUCUACACCGCUCAAAAGUCGCAAAUCGGAAAUGUCUUGAUUCAUCCCGUCGAUAAGACGCUUUUGGCUAUCACAGAAGUCUAUCAUAAGCCAGAAAUCUUCGUGGCCAAUGACACUUUUAUGGAGGACAUGCAGUACUUGGUCAAUAUGAAACCAACUGGAUCCUUGAAUAUUAUUUCGAUGAGUCUUGAUAUGUCGACAUGGUUGGUGGCAUUUGUGUCGGCAGACGAGCCAAAUGACAUUUAUCUCUACCGACGAUGGAAUAAGAAGGCUGAACUGUUCAUGAGUACUCGACCAGAAUUAAAGAAGUACACUUUGAACAAACAAGUUGGAUUCGACUUCCCAGCUAGAGAUGAUAUGACUAUUCAAGCUUAUUUGUCUCUUCCACCACAGGCUCCUCUCCUUAAGUCAUCCCAAGUUCCGGACUCUGAUCGACCAUACGCCAAUCUUGGAAUGAUCCCAGCGGUCCCUCAAAAAAUGAUUGUCCUGGUUCACGGAGGUCCAAAAGCCAGGGACCACUAUGGAUUCUCUCCAAUGAAUGCCUGGUUGACCAACAGAGGCUACGCCGUUCUUCAAGUCAAUUUCCGUGGAUCCACUGGUUUUGGAAAACGGCUUACGAAUGCUGGAAACGGAGAAUGGGGACGCAAAAUGCACUUUGACAUCUUGGACGCGGUCGAGUUUGCUGUCUCGAAAGGAAUUGCGAAUCGAACGGAGGUAGCAGUGAUGGGCGGAUCUUAUGGAGGAUAUGAGACACUUGUGGCACUAACCUUUACUCCACAGACCUUUGCUUGUGGAGUUGAUAUUGUGGGACCAUCGAAUUUGAUCUCCUUGGUCCAGGCAAUUCCACCGUAUUGGCUUGGAUUCCGUAAGGAUUUGAUCAAGAUGGUUGGAGCUGAUAUUGUGACUGAGGAAGGCCGCCAAUCCCUCCAAUCCCGCUCGCCGCUCUUCUUCGCCGACCGCGUCAGCCGACCGAUUAUGAUCAUUCAAGGCGCCAACGAUCCACGUGUCAAACAAGCCGAGUCCGAUCAAUUCGUGUUGGCACUCGAGAAAAAAAACAUUCCGGUCACAUAUCUGUUGUAUCCAGACGAGGGACACGGUGUCCGAAAACCACAGAACUCCAUGGAACAACACGGACAUAUCGAAACGUUCCUUCAACAGUGUCUGGGUGGAGAGGCCCAACCAUUCCAGCCGGGACAGUACAACUCUACGGCUGUUAUCAAAAAAGUGGGCAUCGAGGGUCCAGCCAUUGCCCGUUCGCAACACCUGACCGCGGCCGCCCAAAUGCCACGUGGACCAGUGGCUCCAUCGAUCUUCUAUCGGCCGCCCAUCCGUGCUCAACGUGUCAUGUACCCGCCAAAUCAAAAUGUCAUGAAUCGAAUUUUCCCAGUUCAGGGUUAG